AUGCAGGGAAAAAAGUCAGCAAAAGGGAAGGAGCGGAAGCAGCAGAGAAAAGUGGUGACAGACUUGCUGAAGGACUACCCAGCCUUCCAGCAGUACAACAGAAACGGGCUGGACCUUAGCCUGGAAUAUUACUGGGCAGAAGGUCUGCCGCAGAAUGUGCAGGAUUGGGCCUUUACAUUGUGCAAGAAGAACAUGGAGGACAUCUACAACACUGCCUGGGGCUGGAAGGAUGAGACAAAACUUGAAGAACUGGCAGCUCCCGAGGCCCGCUUCCUAGUGGCAUAUGACAAGGUGAGCGAUGGGGAGCGGAGGCCGAUGGCAUAUGUGCAUUUCCGGUGGGAGGAUGAGGACGGUGUCCCAAUCCUGUACUGCUAUGAGAUCCAGCUGGAAGCAGCUGCGCAGAGGAAGGGCCUGGGAAGGUUCCUGAUGAAGUUCCUGGAGCUCAUAGGCAGGAAGGCAGGCGCGCAUGAGGUGAUGCUGACUGUGAUGAAGGCCAACACGGCCGCGGCUGCCAUGUACGCCAAGCUCGGCUAUGUGGAGCACGAGGAUCAGCCGGAGGAGGAAGAGGGGAAGGGGCCUCCAGGCUACACCAUCCUGACCAGGCGCAUGGUGGCGGCAGCCCCUGCCCAGCGAGCCCUGCGCCCAGUCACAAACUCCAUCCAGCUCGAAAACAUCAUCUUCGGAUGA